AUGUCCUCUGAGAUCGCUCAGCGACUGGGAUGCUAUGUCGUUGCGGGGUAUCCGGAACGUCUCCCUCAACCUGGGGACUCACUCGCACCAGAGGGCUAUGGUCUUCCCUCUGCCUCUACGUCUGCAAGUACCAGUAUCGAAGCUCCACCGCCUUUCGAUCCACCCCCGCUCGAUGAUGAGGCGAUCAUCUCGUCGGCUUCUGUGGCACAGCUGGCCAUCCCACCGCCAUCCGACUCCUCUGACUUGCCUCCAUCCUUUGACGAGGCGACGGCUCAGGCCACCACCACCCCGGCCACCGCCCAAGAUGGAGCGCAUAAGACAAAGGGAAUUGGGUACAACUCUGCUCUCCUAGUUGGCCCCUCCGGAGAUCUUCUGUGCAACUACCGCAAGAGCUUCCUUUACGACGCCGACAGGCCAUGGGCGCGCGAAGGGCCUGGAUUUCGAUACUUUGACCUUCCCCCGCCGCUGGGCCGUCUCGUCAUUGGCGUGUGUAUGGCCCCUUGGAAUGCGUACGAGCUGUCCGGCUUCGUGAAGCGCGUCGGCGGGGAUACAUUCGUCGUGCCGAUGAACUGGCUCCAGCCCGAACUCGACGAAUCGGACCUGAGCGAUGAAGAGAGGGAAGAGCUGGAAAACCUCAAGGGACCAGAACAUCCUUGUUUGUCAAACCUCAACUAUUGGGCGGCGAGGUGUGCGCCGUUGCAUGAUCCGAGUCCCGAAUACUCUAGACCCCCGGAGGGGAGGGAGGGCAAUGAAGGAAGCAAGGAGGUCGUCUUUGUCGCUGCCAACCGCAGCGGAGUGGAGCGCGGCACGACCUUCUCCGGUUCCAGCGCCGUGAUGCGAUUCGGGCCUGGUGUCGAGCUCGUCGAGGCGUUCAGUCGAGGCAAGGAAGGCGUACUCAUUGCGCAUGUAUUGUAG